AUGGCCAAGUAUAGCCAGGUGCUUUUCCAGCCCAAGCUUCUCAGUCUCCACAAGUACCGGUCACCUCACAAGCAGGGUCUGAACAUCAACAUACUGUAUGGCCAGGUACACUCUGGAGCUUUUCCAACACAUGCAACUCAGACCCCACGACGACCACAAGAGGCCGCCGCACCAGCAGAGUUGCACUUCUCUACAAACUGCCAGGCAACAGAAAGACUGCUGGCAUACCAACAAAAUAAUGGGGCAGGUCAUGUUAAAAAACUGGUGCAGGAGGUGCCAACAAGGUGGAACUCUACUCUGUGUAUGUUAGAGCGAAUAGUUGAAAUUAAAGAUGCAGUGAAGACUUCACUUGCACUAAGCACUGUUGAUUUUGAACAACUGACAGACGAGGAAUGGAACAUCUGCUCAGAACUCGGCUUUGUGUUGAAGCCAUUUGCGCAGGUUUCAACACAGCUUAGUGCUGAGUCAUAUCCUACUGGCAGCCUAGUAAGUUCAGCAGAUUUUUCUUGCUUAAAUGUUAGCUAUGGUUAUUGUUCUGACAAUGGGAUUAUUAUCAGUGUGCAGAGGCCAUUUAACAGUGUGACAAGGAAUGUCGAAGAAUUAACAAAAGGCCUGAAGGACCGUUUCCACAAUGUAGAGAUGAGCAAGUCUAUAGGAGUAGCUACUCUACUAGAUAUACGCUUUAAAACUCUUGUAUUUGAAAGCCGGGUAGCAGCAGAAAAUGCAAAGAAGCAGCUUAUUGAACCAGUAGCACAAAAGAUGGGUGACAGGAGACUGACAAACACAGGCCAGAGUCAUGAAACUGUGUCGACUUCAACCCCCACUGAUCCCUCGUCAUUAUGGGGGGCCUAUGACGCAAUUGUAAAAUCAACACAGCCCCAGGGCACUCCUCAGUCAGCUGCUAUUGUGGAAGUGCAAUGGUACCUGGACAGCCCAGUAGUUAGCAGAAGUGAGGAACCACUUGCAUGGUGGCGUGAAAAAUAUAUUUUCCCAAAUAUUUCUAAAGUGGUGAAGGAGAAAUUCAACAUAGUGGCCCCUUCUGUACAGAGCGAUUUCUGA